AAAACAAAAUUAAGGUAGUUGGAGUUGGGGAGGGAUUGGGUUGGGUUGGGACCCAAACCCAAUAAUAAUCAAACAAAAAUAAACACAUGAAAUGAUGCUUAUCUUUGGGUCUGGAAGUUUCGUUGAUUAAGUUUUCAAUUUCAUAGUAUACUAUAUAGUUUGUGCUCUGUUCCGUCCAAAAUAGUAACCCUUUACUUAUAACAACACUUUAUUUAUUUAAUUAAUUAUUGUCAUUAUUAUUAUUUUUAUUAUUAUAAAAGGGUAGCUUAUCAAUUCUCUCAUCUACCCUCGUCCCUCGUUCUUGGAUUUCAUGUGAGGUCACCCUCUGUUUCAGGAGUUUGACACUAGUCUGCAAAGAAGGAAAACCUUCUGGUGUGUCUGUGUCCAUUGAGUUCUUGUUUCUGAGCAAGCGACCAUGGUAAUCCAAUCUUACCAAGACCAGGCUGAACAACUACUGAAGGAGUAUGCACUUGCUGAACCUGCUAUGCCAUAUAUUCCAAUAAUUGGUGGCAUUUUUGCAUGCAAAAUGGUAUAUGACCUUACUCAGUUUGUCAGCUCUACACACUUCAAGUGUUUUUCAAGCCUUUCAAAACUCCAACGUACUGAGUGGAAUAACAGGGCCAUGUCCACUGUUCAUGCCAUCUUUAUCACAGUUAUGUCAUUAUAUUUAGUAUUCUGGUCAGAUCUCUAUUCUGAUGAUCAACUUGCUGGCCCUGUUACUUUCAAAAGCUCUCCAUUAUCCACAUUUGUAUUGGGGGUUUCGGUUGGUUACUUUCUCACCGACAUUGCGAUGAUCUUCUGGUUUUAUCCUGAUCUAGGUGGUUUAGAGUAUGUGGUUCAUCAUCUUCUGUCUAUUGUAUCACUGGCCUAUGCCAUGUUGACUGGAGAGGCUCAGCUUUAUACAUAUAUGGUUCUUAUAUCCGAAACAACCACUCCUGGGAUCAACUUGAGAUGGUAUCUUGACAUAGCUGGUAUGAAGAGGUCUAGAGCAUAUAUCAUAAAUGGGGUUGGGAUAUUCUUUUCUUGGCUGGUUGCUAGAAUAAUCUUAUUCAUGUACCUCUUUUAUCACAUCUACUUUCACUAUGACCAGGUUAGACAGAUUCAGACAUUGGGAGUGUUUUUAGUAACAGUGGUGCCUUUGGUGUUAGGUGUGAUGAAUUUGAUGUGGUUUGCUAAGAUUUUUAAUGGAUUGAAGAAGACAUUAGCAAAAAGGCAGUGAGUCAUAUGGAUAUAUACAUACAUAGAUCAUAUAUAUAUAUAUACAUAUACGAGUAGUGAGUGUAUAAAAUUUAUGUAUAAAAUGUAGCCACUGAAGGGUAUCUUUUAGCAGUGUCAUAACUAUGUGUCUAUAUAUUAUAUUCACCUUCUUUUUUUCUUUAUAAAUAACUUGUUGAUAA